GCUUUUCCACGGCAUCGUAAAUUACAUUAAAAUACUCUCCAUUAUGCUAGCAGGAUAAGCUAGCAAGAUAAGCUUUUUGAUGUGGGGACGGCUAUUGCAUACCCAUUAUAAUGUAUUAUGCAGUGGGAACACUUACAGCUGUUCAGUAGUAACACCGUUUGCGGCAUUUACAAAAUUCAAUUGGAUACGAAUCGAAUAAAAGAAAAAAUAUUUCUUGCUAACGAAAAAAUUGUCUUGAAAAUGUGUGGAAGAACUUGUCUAACCCUGCAACCGAAAGAUUUGAUCUGUGCCUGCAAAUAUAAAUCAACCAAACCAUCUAAAGAUUCCAACAAACCAGGUGAUAAUACUCUUCUAACGCCUGAGUGGCGUUCUGAGUACAAUUGUGGCCGUAAAUUCGAGCCUUCAUACAACAUGGUUCCCUCUGACGUUACACCAGUAAUUGUAUCCGCCGAUCAUUUCAACGACAAUACAAGUAGCGAGGAAUUGAACGCCCAGUCACAAAUUAUUGUUCCUAUGAUGUGGGGUAUGAUUCCAUUUUGGCACAAAGGCGACUAUCGCCGUCAUGGACUGACUACCAACAAUUGCCGGUUAGAACAUAUGUUAGAGUCGAAGUUAUAUAGUGGUCCUUUUAGGAAAGGACAGCGGUGUGUAGUGCUGUGCGAAGGCUUUUAUGAAUGGCAAACUACAAAAUCAGCCAAACCAUCAGAAAGAGCAGCGCAUUUGCUGUAUAUGCCACAAUCGGAAGGGGUAAAGAUAUAUGACAAGUCAACAUGGGCACCCGAAAGUGUUAAUCUUUUGAAAAUGGCGGGUCUCUUUGAUGUUUGGGAAGAUGAGAAUGGUGACAAAAUGUUUAGUUAUAGUAUCAUAACCUUCGAGUCCUCAAAAAUAAUGUCUUGGCUACAUCAUCGUAUGCCUGCUAUUCUAGAAACUGAGCAGCAAGUUAAUGAUUGGAUCGACUUUAAACGGGUCAGCGACGAGGAGGCAUUAGCCACCUUGCGACCUGCAACCAAAUUAGAGUGGUACCAAGUGUCAAAUCUCGUAAAUAAUUCUCGUAACAAAUCCGAACAAUGCAAUAGACCCAUAGAACUGAAAAAAAUGUUUGAUUCUUCGAAAGGGUGCAAUAUAAAAAAUAAGACCUUAUUGAAUUGGCUUAAUGUGCGAAAACGUCGUGAAGAUCAGGCAAAGCAGCUAAGUGACGACGAGAGUACAACAGGUCUAGAGGGUGGAAGUGGAACAGACAGUGCGACAAGUGAGAGCGAUGCUGAGGUUCCUUCAAAAAAGCCACGUUUUUGUGACUACAAAAGAUCUCUUAGAGAAGCAGCACUAUUCAAUACUGCCCUAUCAGCAGAUAAUGCAAGCGAAAAGCCUCAAACUUGUGAUGAAAGCUAAUUCAAAAUUUUAGUAAAAAAUGAAAUUUGUUUCCAUUGCUGUAAAAUA